GGCAGACGUUACUAUGUUGGCGAGAACGGAGCGAGUCAAGCAACGAGCGCACACGAUUCAUGCUCUCGUGCGCGACUCACUUUUUACGACGACGCUUCCACAGCAGUGACUCCAACAUAAAAAAAGAAACAAACAGCCCGCAAUGCCCGAGAUCACCGAGCAGAUCGAAGUGCCCGUGGGCGCGACCGACGCCCCGCUCGACCGGCUGCCCUUCCCGCCGCUGACCGCGCAGCACAUCCUCAACUGCUCGUACCACGCGUGGCAGCCGCGCUACCGCACCGUCACCCCCAAAGCGCGCCUCGUGCCUCUCAGCGCGGCCUUCUUGGCCUACCUGCGCGCCGACGGCAUCGUGCUCCCGCCCGACGCCGACGAGCCGCGCCAGGGCGACUACUCCUCGGACGACGACAGCGGCAUCUUCAGCGCGACCGAGAACCCCGACGCCGCCGCGGACGACAGCGACGACGAGGCCGGCGCCGACCCUUCGGCCGAGUGGCGCGAUGUGCACCAGGCCGUGCAAACCACCAUCGCGGAGCUGGGCGGCAAGGUGGUGCCCAAGCUGAACUGGAGCGCGCCCAAGGACGCGACGUGGAUCAACGCGACCAACAGCAUGGAAUGCCGCAGCGCCAACGACGUGUACCUGCUGCUCAAGAGCUCCGACUUUGUGACGCACGACCUGGAGCACGCGCUCGACGACUGCGAGGACGCCGAGGCUGGUGCCGGCUCCACCGCAAAAGAGAUUCCGUACUACCUAGUCCUGCGCAAAUACGUCCAGCUCAACCCCUCGCUCGAGUUCCGCUGCUUCGUGCGCAACCGCCGCCUCCUGGCCCUCUGCCAGCGCGACCUCAACCACUUCGACUUCCUCUUCCAGGACAACAUGUCGACGCGCCUGCGCUCGCGCAUCCAGUCCUUUUUCGACGACAAGAUGCGCGACUCCUUCCCGGACCCCAACUUCGUCUUCGACGUGUACGUCCCGCCGCCGCACGACAAGGUCUGGCUCAUCGACGUCAAUCCCUGGGCACAGAGGACCGACCCGCUGCUGUGGAGCUGGCUGGAGCUGCUGACCAUGGACGGGCCCGACCGGUGGGAGCAGAAGAGCGAAAAACCCGAGAAGACGGUGCGCAUUCCGCUGCGGCCCAGCGGCAACUCCGGAUCCGACACCGAGACCCCCUCAGAUAGCGAAGACGACGACGACGACGACGUUGACGCCGAGCUAUGGGCGCCCGAGCUGCGACUCGUGCGCAAAGACGACCCCGAGGCCUACGGCUUCGCGACGCCGCAGUACUCGGCGCACAAGCUGCCGCGCGACGUCGUGGACGCGAGCCGGGGCGGCGAGGGCUCGUUGCGCGAGUUUGCAGAGCAGUGGAAGGAGAUUUUGGCGAAGCGGCAGAAGGAGGACGAGGAGGCGUCUGAUUCGGACUCGGACUAA